AUUUCACCCUGGUCUCGCUCUUUAUUAUAAAACCCUUUUUUCAUUCCCAACUAAUUAUGGGGGUCAUGGCUCUGUCUUGUCGGCGGUUGUCAACCAUUCCCUUUCUUCGAUCUCCCCCUAAACCCAUAUUCACAAUACGUCAUACUCUUUCUCGCUCAUCCUACAGAUCCCCCUUCACCACUUAUUCAAACCCCUUUCCUAACCAACCCAUACGCUGGCCACGGCCCAACCGCAACUAUACUCUCUGGAUUGGCUCGGCUUCGCUGGCCUUCGCACUACAUCUGGGUCUAUCUCCCCCAUUGACACUCGAAACUGGGGCGACUGGUUCAGAGAAAACCGCCGAGCAGUUGAUGCUUGAGGAAUCUGAACGGGAGCGCCUAGAGCCGUGCAGAGCUUUAUCAGGCCAGCCAUUAAUCCUUCGCAUCCUCAAGAGGGCUCAGCUUCUUGCCAUCAAAUGUGUUAUCGAACCGAUUGCUACGGGGCUUCGGUUUGUGCAUUUGGUGGUGAUUUUCCUUCCUGUUAUCCUCUCGAUACCACUGGCUUGUAUCGGCCCGCGGCAGCCAGACCGGUGUAGUGAACGCAUUGGCACUAUCUGGUGGUAUUCCUUUUUGAUCAAAUCCAUGGAGCGAGCUGGACCUACCUUUAUUAAGUUGGGGCAAUGGGCAGCGUCUAGAACCGACAUUUUUCCUGCCGAGAUGUGCGAGAUGAUGUCAAAGUUACAUUCUGAUGCCCGCGCCCACUCCCUUCGAGACACAAAAAGGACGAUAUCUCAGGCUUUUGGUGGCAGGCAUUUUGAUGAAAUAUUUGAGGAGUUCGAUCAGAAGCCGUUAGGAAUCGGGGCCGUUGCACAAGUCUAUCGGGCUAAAUUAAGCCCGCAUCUGCUACCAAGGUUACACGAACUUGGCGAAACGGAUUUUAAAAAAAACCUCCGGCGGAAGGUUGAUGUCCUCGUAAAAAAAGCUCCCUAUCAGGGUGUCCCCUCCUCGUACGUAGCAGUCAAGGUGCUCCAUCCCAAGGUAGACCGUACUGUCCACCGGGAUCUCAGAAUUAUAUACUUUUUUGCAUCGCUACUCAAUUUGGUCCCAACUCUUGAAUGGUUAUCUCUCCCAGAUGAAGUGGACAAAUUUAGUGAAAUGAUGAGAUUACAGCUGGAUUUGCGUAUUGAGGCGAAUAACCUUAGCAGGUUUCGAUCAAACUUUGGAGAUAGGACCACAGUCACAUUUCCUCUGCCCUACAGCAACUAUACCACACGAGAGGUCUUAAUAGAAGAGUUUGCACAUGGAGUCCCUCUCAGUUUCUUUUUGGAAUCUGGGGCUGGACCAUUUCGGAAAGAAAUGGCAGACAUGGGCUUGGAUGCUUUCCUGCAUAUGUUGAUCAUGGACAACUUUAUCCACGCAGAUCUGCAUCCUGGAAACAUAAUGGUCCGAUUCUACAAGCUCGAGCCACUCCCUUCCUUGUCACAGUUCCCAUUAGUCGUUCCGGGCCGCAAGGCUAGUGCCAGAGGUGCCGAUAAUCACAAGGAAGUGACAGAAGAAGUCAUUUCAAGACUCAUACCUCAUCGUGGGAACCCGCAGGAAUGGCAAAAAGAAUUAAAUCUACUGGACAAUGAAGGCUACAGGCCACAGCUUAUCUUCAUCGACACAGGGCUUGUGACAGAGUUGAACUCCGUGAACCGUCGUAAUUUUCUGGACCUUUUCCGCGCCAUCGCUGAAUUCGACGGAUAUCGCGUAGGGCAUCUUAUGAUUGAACGUUGCCGUUCACCCUCAGCAGUCAUCGACAAUGAAAUAUUCACCCUCAAGAUGCAACACCUUAUCCUUGCGGUGAAGAGCCGAACACUCGCGUUAGGAAACAUCAAAAUUGGUGACCUCUUAACCCAGGUUUUGCAGAUGGUUAGAGUUCAUCACGUCCGAAUGGAAGGAGAUUUUAUCAAUGUUGUACUAUCGAUCCUGCUCCUCGAGGGCAUUGGUCGCAGCCUGGAUCCAAAUCUAGAUCUUCUUAAAAGGUACACCGUUUUAGGCAGAUAUUUCGAGCUCUUGGCUGAUAUAUGCAGUUCUUUACCCAUGCUGAGAUCGAUCGGGGCUGGCAGCGGAGCCCAGAUGCUCGGUAAGCGCGGAAAGAGCGACUUGGGAUUGUUGAAAGUUUGGAUUGCCCUUGAGGCAAGACAGUUUAUCAAUAGUUCUGUGGAGGAUGUGGAAAAUUUGGUCAAGUAUGAUCUUUUGAGUCCUAAUCUAUAAAGCAGGCCACUGCCGAAGCACGCUGUCCGGCUUGGGUUUCGUGAUAAGCCCCGUGGCUCUUGUUUCGGCGUUUUGUUUCUCUGUUUAUUAUAUAAACGGUGCUCUUUUUUUAUAUCUACUAGGUCUCUCCUCAGGGUGGUUUUUAGAAGGAUGCAAUGUUUUGGGGAUUAUUGGGGCUUCGGCGGUAGAGAAUCGGCGCUUUAGACCAGUGUGUUUAAACUUCUCUAGGUUGACAAUAGACCUGCGUACCCAUAUUAAACCUUGGAACUAGUCCUUUGGCAGAUCUGGGUAUCAUGGGUUUCCACAACGGUGGAAUAUGCUCAUCGUGAACUCUCUAGCGAAAGGUAGAAAAUUCUCUAGCGCCAAAGCAGAAUUAGCCGAUGAAAAUACUUAAUAUCAUGAAAGA